GCUUUCUGACCUUUCCGUGGGACCCUGAACGCAUCUCACUCUGCCUGUGUGGACUGGACUCAUCUGAUCCUUCUGAGAAUUCCGGGAACCUCACAUGGCACAAACUCAGUAAGUCUAUUGGUCCGAGGCACGUGUCAGAGCAACGUCAUUGAGGAGUUGCUCAGCCAAUCAGAAAUGAGAUCCAAAAAUGUGUAGUGGAAGUAUUUGAGCGGCGUCUUUAUCAGGACUGAUUAUUGCUGCUGGACGCUCAAUAAUUGGAAAGCAGUAUAAGAAAAACUCAAUCAUUCCGUUUGUGUUAUUUUCAUUUUUCCAGCUCGUUUCAGCAGCUUGGGAAUAUCAGAGAUGAUUCCAGGCGGGAGAAGGAUGCUCCUCCAACAAAGUGAAGAAUGAUUUUUCUUUGUCACCACAGGAGCCUUUUCACAGAUAAAUAUCAUUUGCUCUGUCAGAAACCUGGAUUUCUGCUCUGGGUUCUUCUCUUUUAAUCGCAACUAGUGACCGAUCAUUGAUUGGAAGAGCAGGGUCAGAAAAUUGGAAUUCUACUUUGGAGAGGAGAACAGGAGCUCAGGUUAAGCAGGAUUCAUCAUUAUGGAGGAAAAUGACCCGCAGCGGCCACAGAGCUCUGGAGAGGAGUCGAACCGGGCCAUCCUGCCUCUCCUGCAGCCACCUGCCAACCAGCAGUCCCACACCAUCACCAACUUCUACAUCGACAACAUUUUAAGGCCGGACUUCGGCCGAAAGAGGAAAGACAGGACUUCAGUUCGGGAGGGGGGCGGUGUGAGGAUCAGAGGAGCCACCAAACCUGGCAACCCACAGCUCGGUCUGAGAGGAGGACAGGAGGGAGACUCGGGGGCCUCCGACGACCAGCAUCCGGACUCUGAUCCGAGGAGACCCGACCUGACAAGCAACGAUCCGGCGGGGAAAGUCCGGGAGGAAGACGAGGACCGCAGCCCCGAGGCCAGAGAGGCUCAGGCGGCCAAACCGAUGCUGUGGCCCGCCUGGGUCUAUUGUACCAGAUAUUCAGACCGUCCGUCAUCAGGGCCCAGAUCCCGCAAACCAAAGAAAGCCCCGACCCCGAGUAAGGAGGACAAGCGGCCCCGGACGGCCUUCACCGCGGAGCAGCUCCACCGACUGAAGACCGAGUUCCAGAACAACCGCUACCUCACCGAGCAGCGGAGACAGGACCUGGCCCGGGACCUGGGCCUGAACGAGUCCCAGAUCAAGAUCUGGUUCCAGAACAAACGAGCCAAAAUUAAAAAGGCCUCUGGGAAUAAAAACUCCCUCGCGCUGCACCUGAUGGCGCAGGGACUGUACAACCACACCGCGUCCAGGGACGGGAAGUCGGACAGUGACUGAGAAGAACCCAACCGUGCCGAACCAUGCAAUAGAGUCACUUAAAUACCAGCAUCUGUAUUUAAAAGUCAACCAGAGACCAUUUCCGUGUGUGUGUGUGUGUGUGUGUGUGUGUGGCAUUUAUGGGCCGCUUAAAUGACGGCGUCCACUGCAGGUCAGAGACGGUGCUGCGUUCAGGUCACACUCCAGAAUGUUGGAUUUUUACCCCCACACGGAAGGAGUUUACUGCUCGGCCUACAUCCAGGUUUUGGUUCUGCUUUUUUGCAGGGUCCAACACAGUCCGUGCCUCCCAUCCUCACACAGGUAGAGCUACCUGACAGGCCGAGCUCAGGUGAGGAAGUGACGUCAGUCAAACAGAGUUGAGGAUGAUGGUGAUUGGAUGGAAAUAAAAACUUCAAAAUGUUCCUUUCUUAAAAAUCUCUUUAAAAUAAAUAAAUGUGAAGUCCAACAACUUUCUGACCGGAAGGAACUGCAAACAUCUGAGUCUGAGGAAGGUGCGCCUCUGCGCGCGCUGCGGCCUGCUGCAGCCUGAGCGUGUGUGUGAGCGUGUGUGCGCGCGUGCGUGUGAAAGUGAAAAGCUGAAUUCCAAAGAUAAUUUUCUGCUGCACCGUGAAUCAACUCUGAGUUUGGACUUUCUGGCUGUACCGGCUGUUUUCUGCCUGUUUUCUUUUGUUUUCCUGCUGUCGUCGAGGCCUCGCGCGCGUUGAGCGCAGGCCUCCCUGGUCCCACUGUGACACGCGCGUUGCGCAUCCUAAAUCACUGCGUCUUUUCCAAGUGGAAAAAGGUUCUGGAAUCUGUCCUGAAAAUAAAAAGAUUUCUGAAAAUUAAGGACGCGCGUGCAAAUGUAAACAGCAGUUUUACGAUUUUCUAAAGUUUUUAUUAUCUUUGUUUUUUUUAUUAGGCUAUUUUUAUUUUUAGAAAACAACCAGAAUGAUUUAAAAAAAAUAUAUUAAUUGAUCUCCAGCCGCGUGCUGCCUUAACACGGUCCUUCCAGCCAAUCCCGGACCUGCAGCAGGCCCAAAUCCAGAAUGUUCCAGGAAGUAGUCGGUGUCUUUCACAUCUUUAUGUUCUUAUUUAUAAAUCAACAAAGAUUCGAAGAAAAUGAGGCUCUGAGUGUUUACAUAACUUAUUUUUCCUACAAUGACCUUUUCUUUGAAUGCAACAUCUCUUCUGGGUCCAAAUAAUGCGGAUCAGAACCAAACCGUGCUCUUAUAAUGCAGUCAGUGUGUGUUUUUAAUUAUUUGUUUGUUUUUAGGUCGCAAACAGCUUCUGCCUUAAAGUUGUGAAAACAGGCCUUUUGAUGCAGCUGCUUUUGUGUUUUUUUUCUUCCAGCUGGAGUUCUCUUUUAUAAACAACAUGUACAUAAUUCAUGAUGGUGUGAUGUAAAUAAAAAAAAGAAAACAAUGCAGAUCAGAUUAUUGGGAUGAUUUUAUUUGGCUGU